AUUCCAUGCAUCUCAAUUUCUAUUGGAUCUUUUCCAAUAGAAAGCAAUGAUGCAGCUCUCACUCCACCCCUUCCUCCUCUCUCUCCUCCCCUUGUUUCUCACUCUAGUUUUCCUUCUCAAAUGGCUCUUCUCCACCGCCACCGCCACCGCCACCCGACCGCCGCCGUCUCCCAGCAAGCUCCCGAUUAUCGGAAACCUCCACCAAAUCGGCCGCUUCCCUCACCUCUCCCUCCACUCCCUCUCUCAAGCCCAUGGCCCCUUAAUGCUCCUCCACUUCGCCGCCGCCCCCGUCCUCGUCGUCUCCUCCGCCGCUGCAGCCCGAGAAGUCAUGAAAACCCACGACCUAAUCUUCUCGAACCGACCCAAGUCGACGAUAACGACCAAAUUCUUGUACGCAUCCAAGGACCUUGCCUCCAGCCCUUACGGCGAGUAUUGGAGGCAGAUGAGGAGCAUUUGCGUCCUCCACUUACUGAGCAACAGACGAGUCCAAUCGUUCCGCGACGUGAGGGAAGAAGAGACGGCAGUUAUGAUCGAGAAGAUUAGGAGUUCUGGUUCUGACGUGGUGAACUUGAGCGAGCUGAUGGUGGAGUUGACGGGGGACGUGGUGUGUAGGGCGGCGUUGGGGCGGAAAUACGGCGGCAUUGGGGGCGGAGGAGGGAGGAGGGGGUUUAAGGAGGUUUUGGGGGAGUUUGCGGAGUUACUGGGGGUUUUUGAUGUUGGUGACUUUGUGCCAUGGCUGAAGUGGGUGAAUAGAGUGAAUGGGGUGUAUGGGAGGGUGGAGAGAGUUGCAAAGGAAUUGGAUGAUUUUUUGGAGAGUGUGGUGGAAGAGCACAGGGGAAGAGAGAGAAAGGGAGGAGAGAGAGAGCACGAUUUUGUGAAUGUGUUACUUGAAGUACAGAGAGAGAACAUGGCCGGAAUUCCUAUUCACGGUGACAGUGUCAAAGCUCUCAUAUUGGAUGUUUUUGCUGGUGGAACUGACACUACAUCCACAUCUCUAGAAUGGGCAAUGGCAGAGCUCUUAAAUAACCCUCAAGUCAGGAAAAAACUCGAAACUGAAGUUCGACUUAUAGCUCAACCCAACCAACCUAUAACCGAGGACGAUCUAGACCAAAUGCCCUACCUAAAAGCCGUGAUCAAGGAGACUCUACGCCUCCACCCUCCGAUUCCCAUUCUAGUACCCCGGGAGUCAACUAAAGACGUCCGAGUAAUGGGUUACGACAUCGCGGCUGGGACACGGGUGAUAACCAACUCCUGGGCUAUCGGACGAGACCCGUCGUCGUGGGACGAGCCCGAAGAGUUUAGGCCAGAGAGGUUUUUGAACAGCUCAGUAGAUUUCCGAGGACACGAUUUCGAGUUGAUUCCAUUUGGAGCGGGGAGGAGGGGGUGCCCGGGCAAAUCUUGUGCAUAAGUUUGAUUUUGCAGUGCCUGAUGGGGUGGAGUUCGAUAUGAGUGAAGCUGCUGGUUUUUCUGUUCGUAAAAUGUAUCCUCUACUUCUUGUUGCGACUCCCCUUACUUGUUAGUUUUCUAGGUUAGAAGGACCUCAGUAAUGGUGCAAUAUGAAUCAUGUACCUAUUUUUCGUAACAGCUAUAUAUGCCCACCGCACGGUUUCACCA